AUGGAGCAGUCGCUGCCGCCAGCGUCCGAACCGACCCCAGGGUCGACCCCGGCUCGGGGCCGCAGACGGCGGGAACCCGAGUCUCCGCCGGCGCCGAUUUCUCUUUUUGGUGCUAAGACUAUUGGCCGGAGAAGUCCUAAUGAACCAGUACUGAGCAAAGCUGAAUUUGUUGAGAAGGUUCGUCAGAGUAACCAGGCCUGUCACGAUGGAGAUUUCCACACGGCUAUUGUCCUGUACAAUGAAGCCCUGGCUGUUGACCCUCAGAACUGCAUCUUAUACAGCAAUAGAUCUGCAGCCUACAUGAAAAUCCAGCAGUAUGACAAGGAACUGGAUGACACAAUCAAAGCCCGGUUUCUCAAUCCCAAAUGGCCAAAGAAAUGGGGACUUGCUGUGUUGCCCAGGCUGGCCUCUAACUCUUAGCUCCAGCCUCUGAAGUAGCUGACUUGUGCCACUGUGCAUGACUCCCUGUAGUUUUGUGGCUAUGUAGUA